CUGACCAUUCCAAGUGUUCAAGUUCAUGAAAGCGGAUGGAAAAUCGUCGCUCCUCCGAUAUUUUUAAUUAAUAUUUUACAAUCCGCGAGAUUAUUAGGUGUUAAGUUGUGCAAAUUGUCCUCUCGGCACAGAUAAUAUGGAAUAAAUUAACGACUCCAGCGAAAACACAAAAAAUUAGGAGGAGACGAAAAAAAAAGGUUGCAAAAGAAAGAAAUAAAUAAACAAGAGAGAGACAGAUUUGCAUAAAUAACAAAAAAAAAAGGAAAAAAAAACAAAGGAAGAUGGCUCCCAACAUCAGCAAAUUCGUGAGCCAAAACCAAAAUUCCGUGCUGUGUGCGGCAGGCAUCGUGGCAAGCGCCUGGAUCCUCAUUUACGGCAGACAAACUCACAAAAGGAAACCAUUACCUGAGGACCAAAUUCAGUAUUGUAUCACAGAGAAAAAAGAUAAGAAGACGAUAAAAGCCCAUGUGAAUGCCGAAUUUUUCCGUCAAUUAAGGCUUUUACUCGGAAUUUUGAUCCCGCGAACAUGGAGUGUCGAGAGCGGAUUGCUAAUUGCGGUUGCCGCUUCAUUAAUUGCUCGGUCCAUCAGCGACGUUUGGAUGAUUUCGAAUGCCACAAAGGUCGAAAGUACCAUUAUUACGAUGCACAAGCCCGGUUUUCAGAAAGCUUUGCUGCGAUAUUUUGCCGCAUUGCCACUGAUUGCUGUGGUUAAUAACGUCUUGCGAUGGAGCAUAGGUGAAUUGAAGCUUAGAUUUAGAACGAAUUUAACGAAGCAUUUAUACAAUGAGUAUCUAAAAGGGUACACUUACUAUAAAAUGAGUAAUUUAGACACAAGAAUUGCCAAUCCGGAUCAAUUGCUGACGACAGACAUUGAAAAAUUCUCGGAUAGCGUAUGUGACUUGUACUCGAACAUGUGCAAACCCUUCAUGGAUGUCAUGAUUUACGUUUAUCGUGUCACAGCAGCGCUUGGAUUUGAGACGCCGGCCGUUCUCAUUAGUUAUUUGAUCGUUUCGGGUGUAUUUUUGACACAUUUGAGACGUCCUACGGGAAGAUUGACAGUGCAAGAGCAGAAACUUGAGGGAGAAUAUCGUUAUGUGAACAGUCGUUUGAUAACAAAUGCUGAAGAAGUGGCUUUUUAUCAAGGAAAUAACCGGGAAAAGUUGACUCUGUUGGCGAGUUUUAACAAAUUAACGACGCACAUUCGGAAAUUCUUGGAAUUCCGCGUUGGAAUGGGAAUUAUUGACAAUAUGGUAGCGAAAUAUAUUGCUACAAUUGUUGGAUUUUGGGCAGUUUCUCGUCCAUUCUUUAUCAAAGAUCAUCCCGUUCUUGCCAGUAAAGUUGAGGGAGAGCGGUUAAAGAAUUACUACAUUUUCGGUCGAAUGUUAGUAAAAAUGGCAGAAGCCAUUGGGCGUUUAGUGUUAGCAGGUCGUGAAAUGAGUCGUCUUGCUGGAUUUACGGCUCGUAUGACAGAACUCAUCAAAGUUCUGAACGACAUCAACAACGGGCGCUACGAACGCACGAUGGUAAGCAACUCUGAAUCUGCCGACAGCAAAAUUGGACCGGGGCGAGGCGUCAUGGCGUAUCGCGAUAACGUCAUUCACUUCGAAAAAGUCCCGCUUGUGACGCCAAAUGGCGAUGUUUUGGUCAAAGAACUCACGUUCGAGGUGAAAUCCGGCAUGAAUGUGCUCGUUUGUGGCCCGAAUGGAUGCGGAAAGUCUAGCUUGUUCCGCAUUUUGGGCGAAUUAUGGCCCAGCUGGGGCGGCAAAGUCAUAAAACCGCCACGCGGAAAACUCUUUUACAUUCCACAAAGGCCGUACAUGACACUUGGCACGUUGCGCGAUCAAAUUAUUUAUCCGCAUACGCACGAGGAGAUGUUACGAAGAGGCAAAACUGAUGCCGAUCUCGAGGGUUAUUUGGAAAUUGUGCAAUUAUCGUAUCUAAAAGUGCGCGAAAAUGGCUUGGAUGCUAUUGAAGAUUGGAUUGACGUGCUGAGUGGCGGCGAAAAACAACGAAUUGCCAUGGCGCGUCUCUUCUAUCACAAUCCGCAAUUUGCGAUUUUGGAUGAAUGUACAUCUGCUGUCAGUGUCGAUGUUGAAGGUGAAAUGUACCAAUAUUGCCGUAAAGUAGGCAUAACUCUCUUCACCGUGUCACAUCGCAAGAGUUUAUGGACCUAUCACGAAUACUUUUUGCAAUUUGAUGGCAGGGGUGCCUUCGAAUUUGGACCAAUCGACGCAAGCAAAGCUGAAUUCGGGUCAUAGAUCCACAGAAAAACGCAAAAAAAUGUUUCUUACGAACAAAAACAGACCCAUGGUGACGGUUUUCCGGUGAUAAUACGUAACGUUUAGUUGAAUAUUUGAUGUUUCCAUUAUAAUUUGUACAAAAAGUUAGUGUAUUUGUUACGAUAAUUCAUAAAAAAUUGUUAUUAUUUGACCGCUGCUAAUUAUUUUAAUUAAUAAAAAAAAUAAUUCUUCAAUUUCCGGACUUUUAAUGAAUUAA